AUGUUCUCUUUGACUGCAACAUCAUAAAGCAUGGCACACAUAUUAAAGACGCUCAACAGCUGGUUCUGGUGGGAGAAUAUCUGGAUGCCUAUCAAUUGCACAUGGGCACAUUUUGUAGACCGUGAUGGACUUGUCUUUCCAAAACCACAUCAAUUAUAUGCAACAAUACCAUAUGCUUUUGUAUUACUGAUUAUCCGAUUCUUUAGUGAAAGAUAUGUUGCUAUACCUCUAGCAAAAGCCUUAGGUAUAAAGAAUGUAAGACGUGUGAAGCCACAGCCUAAUCCUGUUUUAGAGAGUUAUUUCCGGGAGUGCUCAAAACAUCCAUCCCAAUCAGAGAUUCAAGGCCUUGCCAAAAAGUGCAACUGUACAGUCCGUUUGGUGGAAAAGUGGUUUAGGAGACGGCGAAACCUUGAGAUCCCAACAGUGCUUCGGAAAUUCCAGGAAGCUUUCUGGCGAUUUUCAUUCUAUCUUACAUCCUCUAUUGCUGGAUUUAUAUUUCUGUAUGAUAAACCUUGGUUUUACGACAUAUGGCAGACGUGGGUUGGCUAUCCAUUUCAGACUCUGCUGCCAUCCCAAUAUUGGUACUACAUGGCUGAGAUUAGUUUUUACUGGUCUCUCUUAUUUACGCUUGGGAUUGACAACAAAAGGAAGGAUUUUCUGGCUCAUGUUGUUCAUCACUUGGCAGCCAUUGGGUUGAUGAGCGGCUCUUGGUGUGGCAAUUACGUGCGUCUUGGAACAUUGGUGAUGUUUGUGCACGAUACUGCAGAUUUCUGGCUUGAGGCUGCCAAAAUGUUUAAUUAUGCUCGCUGGGAGAAAACCUGCAAUAUGCUCUUUAUCAUCUUUUCUAUUGCAUUUUUCAUCACAAGAAUCAUCCUGUUCCCCUUCUGGAUUCUUCGUGCCACAUUGUAUCAGCCUACAUACUACUCCACGACUCCUGUCAUAGCAUAUUUUUUAUUCAAUGGGCAGCUAUUGAUCCUUCAAGGCUUGCAUUUAUAUUGGGGUUACUUAAUUUUCAAGAUUUUGAGAAGGUUCAUUUUCUUAAAGGACUUGAAAGAUGACCGGAGCGAUGAAGAGGAGGAGGAUUCUGUUACAGAUAAUGAAGAGGAGUCCACAAAGAAUGGCAACAAGAACGGCUGUGGGUCAAGCAAACAUCUCCUAACCUGCAGUCACCACUAGCCCCCUCGCGCCUCACCCCCUGCAGUGAUUUCUGCUCUGGUUUUAACCCAACCUACAGGAUAGAAUUUAAGUCAAAAGGCUUAUGAGAGACUGUGAUCGAUUUAUUGUUGGCUACUGGGCCUGGAAAAAAGCCCUGUUUAGAGGGUAGGAAAAAAUUGCAUAACAUGACAAAAUGUCUUAAUGACCCACUUUCUGAAUCGUUACUAAGUGUUUG